AUGGGAAGGAUGUGGCUAAUCACUCUUUUAAACAUCACAGAUUUGCAAAACUAUUAAAUGAUUGGAUGAGUGGUAAAAGAUUGACUGCGAUCUGCUGUCGUCCGAUAAGACAGAAAAUUACACACUGUAAACGGUCUGAAUAUCGGACGGAAGUAAUUCCUUUCCUAAAUUGACGAAUCCUGUUAAAACGGCAUGGCGAAACAUUGUGAACCCGAAUCCCAUUACGAUCUCGACCCAGCAACAGCUGGCGAGUUCGGUACCGGAUUUCCAACAUGGGUUAUUCCGUUGAAAAAGUGCACUAUACAUUGUACCUAUGGCAAUGAAAAGAUUGCAAUUUAUGAUGAAGAGUUUGAAACACAUAAACUCAUUUAUGUAUUAACCAUCAUGGAUCAAGACUUUUCAGACUUCUUUGAAUUAAAUGCAUUUUCAUGCCGAGUUAAGGUCACUGUCGAGGAGUGCAUUGUUAAUCUUAUUUACAAUGAAAGACCAAACCCGGAACAAAUAACUACACUUUUACUUGACAAACUCAAAGAUAUUCACGAUUUUUCCAUUAACUUAAAUGCGCAAAAUGGAAGCAACUUCAGGAGCAAGUUGCACAACAGGCUAGCUACUCCCAAAGAGAUUUGCGACAAAAAGGCAAUUGUUCUUCGACACGAUAUGACUUUAUACUGUGUCGCUGGCAUGAUGAACAAUCUUGACAACCUGUUGACUGAAAUGAACUACAACGAAGAGGACGUUGCCGAUUUGGCCAAUUGUCAUAUUAACCUGGCAGCACUUGAUAUUGAGUCUUUCAAGCAUCCCUAUGUCGAAAGCAUUAAAAUUAAUGACCAAGAACAAAAAUGCAAUAUCAUCUGGAGAGGUCGAAUCAGGGAAAGGUGGGAAGAUUUGUUAAAGAAAUUUCUGAACAGUUGUCAACGAUAUGAAGUCCAUUUUGAUGAAGAAAUAGCAUUCAAAUCGUAUAAAGAAGAAGCCCAGAAGGUGAUCUUUAACCCGGACGGAACCAUGAAUAUGUCUUAUAUUGGACAUUUAACAAUGAAACACAAUCUCAAGGAUAGAAAGUGUGAUUUGUUUGCACUAACGAAAGAGAAUGGUGCAAUUAUUUUAUAUGGACAAGGGGAAAAUGUUUUACUUCUAAAAACUGGUAUAGAAAACUCCAUGUGCCGGCUCGAGCCCACAUACACCUUUUUUCUUUCAAACAAAGGUAAGAAGUUUUUGAAAAAGAACAAAAAUAAAUUGACAUACGAUCUAAUGACUGGCGUCGUAGUGUGUACACAGGAUCUCAGAGCUGGCUUGAUGAAAAUUUCCAAACGAAACCGGUGUGAAAGUUAUUAUUUAACCUUUGGUUCCCAUUCUGCCUUUGUAGUAGCUUGUUUGCAGAAGAGAGGAGGCACACAACUGAGUCGCUUGAAGGAAGAACUUGAAAUUGAUUUUCAGAUAAACGACCGAAGCAUCACGUUGUACAUUGAAGAAGGCCGAUCCAAUUUGACCAAGGAUGUGAGUGAUUCCAUUCUUAAGUUAAUAGUAUGUACAAAGGUGGAUACUCCUUUGAUUGGUUUAGAUUUCGCCAAGGUAGAAAGGAUGAUGGAUGAUAAUCAAUGCUUAUGGGAAUUGAUCUCAGAGGCAGAAACAAAAUACACGGGAAGUGAUGAAUGUAGUCUAGUAUGGCUAGAUCCUUACAGAGCAACGAAACUGAGUCUUCUACAAGCAGACAAAUGCACACCCUACGCAGAUAUAUGGAUUGAAUUGACCACAGAUCAGCUGCAACCAUUAGGACUGCACCCUAAAUCUCAAGAUCACCGCCUACUGUCAGGUCGCAGCAGGAAGACAGAUAAUAAAAGAGUCGGAGAUACGGAAGCGUUAUACGGACCAUUUUCAACUUCGAGUGUAUUGACUGGGUGCCGAAUGGUUUUAGCCGUUGUAGUUCAAGUUGAUCUAGACGGGACUGGCUCAGAUGUCAUUGAAAACAAAACACUUCGCGGGGUUUUCGUCAAUGCCCUGGAAAAGUCCAGACAUGUGCACAGACAUAUAUGCCUGAAUGCAGGCGUUGCAUAUAACGAUCCGGAAUUGGCUCUUUUGGAUGUUAUUUCCCAAUUUAUUAAAGCCAUCAAGAUUGUAUCAGGGGGAACAAGACCUUCAUUCACACAGAACGUGUCCAUUAUCGUAGAUAAGGACAAACUAGAAAUCGCAAAAGGUCGUAUUGAAAAUCAGAUGACGACGAGUUUCAGGGUAUUCGACAAACCGAACGUUUCCCAAAACCAGACACGAUCAGAGAGGAAAUUGAAACAAAAAGUUACUGUUGGAACUAUAACACACUCUACAAGGGAUGUUAUUGUCAAUACAACGAACGAAGAUCUCGACUUUUCCCAAGGUUUUGUUUCCAGCGAAAUUUCCAGAUUAGCAGGCAAUGGACUGGAAGAAGAGUGUCAAAAGUUCUACCCAGAUGGAAUCGACGAAGGAAUUGUCGCCUUCACACACGCGCAUGAGCUAAAGGCACAAAAAAUAAGGCAUAUUUUUCACUGUGCUCUUCCGGAAUACAACUAUAAAACAUUGGAAAAGGAUGUAAAACAAACGGUCAAAUCGUGCCUAUACUUGGCAGAGGAAUUAGGCUGCAAAACCAUUGCAUUUCCAGCUCUUGGUGUUGGAAAUAAAAGAUACCCUCGAAGAGAAACCGCUUCAUCGAUUAUGGACGCGGUUAAUGAGUUCUCAGAAACAGUUGAAUUUAAAAACCUAAAGGAGGUUGACUUGGUUUGCUUUGGUAAAGAUACAAAAACCCGUAAAGCUUUUGAAAGUGAGUCUUGGAGAAGAUCGAAAAAACUCAAAGACUCAGCAAGAAAAGGAUUGUUCACACUUUCAGACCAAACAGUUGGAACCAGAAAACUUGAUUCAGCGAUACUAGCCAUUGCUGUACAAGACACAUCCUUAGAGCUUCCAUCAUUUGCUGUGCAAGUAAAGUUUGAUAAAGAUCUAAAGCAUCCCGUAUUGAAACCAGCAAUGGAUCACCAUAUGACAUGGAACGAUGAACUCUACUACAAUGAAAUCGAAUGUUUUAAAGAUAGCAGUUUGAUAUUAAAACUUGGUGACUUUUUAGACAGUGAGAGAAUCACAUUUCUAGUUUGGAAUAUAGACAUGAAAUCAAAACUUCCGUGUAGUGAUCAGAUGGAACUGAUUUCUGAUGUAAUGGAACGCAUGUUAUCAGAAAGGGAGGCAGUUUACCUUCAGAAAGCUGUGAUUUUGGUACCUGACAAGUCUGCUGUAACAAGUUUCAGAGAGAAAGAAAAAUCAAAAAAAGAUUCUUCAUGGACAUGGGGUGGAUGUAUGAACGCGUCGAUAAGGAUAUUCAGUCCAAGUCAAACGCUUGCUUUAAAAGCAAAGGAGCAUCUUGAAAAGAUGAUCGAAAAGGCGAAAGAAUCAGACAUGAGAACACAAGGACCGAGGGCAGAUGCAGACGACUCACACGAGGGGACAAACUGUACCCUGCAUGGAAAGGAAAAGGAAGACAACAAUAGCCAAGAACUCACGAAGAUUAUUCCCGCAGUUUCGGCCACGAUUAAUCCCGGAAUCAUGCGGUUCAUAGGAAAUGACUUCAACCGAUGGAAAGACAUGUUUGAGCGAACGUUUCUCGUUGAAAUUACAGAAACAUCAGAUGGAAUAACUACAGUGCAAGGCACUUAUAAAGCCGUUGAAGAUUUAGAAGAGUACUUAUCAAAGGAUUUCCCAUCAGAAAGGAAUUUAAUGGAGGGUGUUUUUGUAUAAUACUUAUUGGCUAUUGUUAGUCUCGAUACAAGACACCGUCAUUAUUUGGAAAACUUUGGAUGAUGUUCAGCAGAGUACAUUGACAUCGUCAAUCGGGAAAUAUGUUGAUGCAUUGUUUGAAUAUCGUCAUGCAGAAGGACUUGCUUGAAGUGCAUACAUUAUAAAAUUUAUAUUAUAUAUAACAAUAUCUAUAUUCUUUAAUAUUUUGUAAGAAAUGACAAACGUCACGGAGAUGUUUAAUUUUAAGGAAACAACUUUCUUUAAAACAUUGCGAUGAAUUUCAAAACAAUUUCACUCCUCUCCUAUUGAUUUUUGGCAUACAUGUUUUUUGUUUGACCCAAAAUGUAAUGUUGAGUGGCAUCCCGUCGUCGAUAUAAAUUAUAAGAGUUUGAUAAACAAGCUUUCCGUGUAUUUAGAUAUAUGACAAUGAUUUAUUGGCAUACUAUGGACAAAGUUUAUUUAAUCGUUUUUGCAACGCUACGGUACGCAUUUUGUCUCAUCUGUGCUCCUUGGAUUGUUGGAUGCUGCUUUUACAAAAAGGUACCAUAAUAAUGGUAUCCAAUGGUGUGACAUAAAAAAUUUUAUAUAAUCUAAAUUUAAUUUAAAUUAAAAACAACAAGAGUUAUUGGAUAAAAAAAACUCUUUGAAAUAUCCAUAAUACGUUCGAAAUUAUCUAAUAUUUUGAUUUCUCUUUUGGCAUUAGAUCGUUUAAGAAUAUGUGUAUCAUUUUUUAUAUACAUAGUGUUUAUUAUGGUCAGUUCUAAGUUCCAAUCACAAAAUUAUUGUUGUCUUUGCUCCGUGAAUUGUAAAGGUAAUUAAUAUUGCAUAUAUUUGGGUUGAUUUGUGCUUUGAUAAAAUUUAAUUACGAAGUAUUAUCAACAAGUCAUUAUAACCUUGCACAAAAUUUCAAAAUACAUGUUUUUAAAGUCACCGUUCAUGGAAGGUAGUUUCCAUCAAGGUCAUGAAAUGCAAUUUAGGCCAUUACAUUGUAUCAUACAAUUAAAUGUACAUGUCAUUAUAGGGCUGCAAAUUAUUGCAGUAAUGCUUUAUAUGUAGCAUGACUUUGGUUUUAGUUCUAUUAUUUCAUUUACUUAUAAGUUCGAUGCAAGUAAAUAGCAUUUAUUUAACAUUUACAAACAUCAUGGUUUAGCCUUUGAUAAGUCAUCCAUAAGGAACAUGUCCAUGGACUAGUUCUUAUUAUGACAAUUGAUUCAGGUUACAAAUUGUAAAAACCAAACACUGCAAAACGAGUUAUCUUUCACAUGUACUUGCACAUUAACAAGGAAGUAAAAAUCAAUUUAAGAUUGCAAUAUUCAUUCAUUUAGAUGGUUAAAUUUUUGUCAUUGAAGUAAAUGAGAACAUCAUCAUCAACGAAAACAUCAUGAGCACUACUAGAUCUCAAUCUAUUAUCAAUAUAUCUGACAUUGGCCCGAUUAUUCAGAAGUUGACAUCGUUGUUAACUUUAAACCCUUUACUAUAAGUUUAAAAUGGAUGUAUUUGUGAUUUGCAGUAUUUCUUGCAAGAUUUGAGACAUCUGUUUCAAGUUCAACUGUACUUGUUUAUAGACAAAUAUAUAAACACAACAGCAUAUAUUUCACGUUAAAAAGUUAACAACGAUAUCGUUAUUCACGUUGCUAACUUAAACGAAGUUCUGAACAAUCGACCCAAUAUAUUUAUAAAUUUUGUCAAUUUGUUCACGAAAUGUGCUUGGUAUGUGUGUAUGCGCACAAUUAAAUAUGUAGUUAAAACUCAAUUAAACUCAUCGCACAGUCUAUUUUCUCGUCGUUGUUUAUUAUU